CUCUGGGCCAAGGGGCAGGACUGAGCCACCCGGCGCCCGCCGUGCCCAGCUCGGUGCCCGCCCCGGCCCCGACCGGCGGCCCUCGAUGCCCCGGGGCUCCGGAGCUGCCCUGGCCGAAGUUGGGGAGCUGACGGGCUGCGAAGUUGGCUGGAUGUUGCAGGCGUGCAAAAUGGAAGGGUUUCCCCUCAUCUCCCCUCCAACAGAAGAUAUGGUGCCCUAUGACCCCGACCUCUACCGCCAAACCCAUGACUAUUACCCUUAUCUCAGCGAUGGAGAGAGCCACAGUGACAACUACUGGGAUUUCCACCCGCACCCCGGGCACAGCGAGUUCGAGGGCUUCGGGGAGAAUCACUUCACGGAGCUUCAGAGCGUGCAGCCGCCCCAGCUGCAGCAGCUGUACCGCCACAUGGAGCUGGAGCAGAUGCACGUGCUGGACGCCGCCAUGCCACCCCCACACAGCGGCCUCAACCACCAGGUCCCCUACCUGCCUCGCAUGUGCCUGCAGUACUCGUCCCCCGCCCAGCCCAGCUCAGACGACGAGGAAGGGGAGCGGCAGAGUCCCCCUUUGGAAGUGUCUGACGGGGAGGCCGACGGCCUGGAGCCCGUCCCGGGACUCCUGCAUGGAGAGCCAGGGAGCAAGAAGAAAAUCCGUCUUUACCAAUUCCUGCUGGACCUGCUGCGGAGCGGGGACAUGAAGGACAGCAUCUGGUGGGUGGACAAGGACAAGGGCACCUUCCAGUUCUCCUCCAAGCACAAGGAGGCCCUGGCCCACCGCUGGGGCAUCCAGAAGGGCAACCGCAAGAAGAUGACCUACCAGAAAAUGGCCCGGGCCCUGCGCAACUACGGCAAGACGGGCGAAGUCAAGAAGGUGAAGAAGAAGCUGACAUACCAGUUCAGCGGCGAGGUGCUGGGGCGGGGGAACACGGCCGAGAGGCGGCACCAUCCGCACUGAGGGCCCGCGCCGGGGGUCCGCGCCCGCCCGCGCCCUCCGCCCCCUCACCCGGGCCCCGGGCUCCGGCCCAUCCGUCUUCUUGACGAGAGACCCAGCCCAAGGGGCAGGUCGCUUGGCUGCCCUGGGACCAGCCGGCCCGCGUCGGUGCCAGGGACAGGACUGGAGGCUGGGCCCCCGUGCCCACCUGCUGCAUUAGCUUCUCUGCUGCCCGUAGCAUUAACCCCUCGCCCGGGCCCGUGUACAGAUGGAAUAAAGUUAGAAUG